GACAGUUUGACUUUUUUCCUUUUUAUGCACUUGUAUCGAAGUUUGCACUGUCUAGACUUUCUUAAGUUGGGACAUGUUUUAUCAAGGCUAAUUUUUAACUCGAAAAGUUAAAUUUGAACAGUUUGCUCUGAACUAAAUGUAAAGGAGAUUUGGGAGUUGAAGAAUUCUGUCGACGAAUCAUGAACUCUGAACGCGCCUGGGAGCAGUACACGUUUUGGUUUUCGUAUCAUCUGAAUCACGUCCAUUUUCAGAGGAGAAAUAAUGCUCGUCGAGAUCCAUGGCCACACUGCGACGAAUGCACAUAUGCGCUUGAUCGCACAAAAUAUUCAGACAGUACUGGAAGAUUUGGUUUGAAAUCGAAGUAUACAAGGGACAGUGAGUCUAAGGUAGGGUUUAUUUCAUUCACUCUUACUCUAUUGUUUCUUUCUAUUUUUCCAGUUGUGAGAAGUGGGCGUUUAUACUGGAAGGAAUAUGGUAAAAGGUAGAAGAUAGAACUGUUGUCUGAUCCCUUUAUGCAUUAUAUUCUGUAUAUUCUGUUCCAGGCAUUUCCUUUUUCUUUGCGGAACUGAAAUCAAAUCACCAAACCACGAAUUUAAGCCAGGUUAAUCGAUGCACGAUGUUCUUGCCUGUAUCUAUGUCAUUAAAAAUGCGAUUGGUUGCGCACACGUCAGUUUCGCCAUUUAUAUUACGCGCGCGAGACAAGCGGGAAGAGAGUCCGAGAAGCAUCGCACGCGAGAGGGGGUUGAAAAAUCGCGCGCUUCACUCUUUCGAGUCUAGACUCAAGAAAGGAACUUGAGACUCCUCCGUCAUACGUUUGCAGUCGCGACAAUCCUAUGGGACUACUCUUAGCCCACUUUCUAGGCUACCCACUUUCACGAAUGUCACGUCUUUUCGGAAAGAAAGAGAGAGAGAGAGAGGAGAUGAUACCCUUCAUCAUGGACUUUCACCGAUGAAGGGCAGAGCCCGAAAAAUCUGUCCUGUUUAUUCGGUUUUUACAGUUGGUUUGUUGUCGGUUCCGUUUGUGUUUAGUUAACCUUUUUGCAUUUUGUGUUGUGCUUUUUGCCAUUAGCAGAAGGAGGAGCGUUUGUUCGGGCGUAUUUCUAUUGCACCGAAUUUUUUAAUAUCCCUUUAUUUGGACUAUUUGUAUAAAGGCUUAGAUUUCAGUGGGGCAAUUUAUCUGUCAUAACACUAGAACUUAUUAUGAUAAAUGUUUGACGUUCAAACGGAAGGCUACCUCCACGUUUGUAACAGUGGAGGUCAAAAAGUGCUGGGACUUCCCAGUGAUAUAAGUAAAAUUAGCAACCUCCUCCCUCCCACCCCAGGCCAAACAAUGAAAGUUAAGCAAAAUGGCAGGAAACGAGUCCUUUUUUGGGGCGCAUCAUUGCAGAGAGAGGGAGAGAUGAAGGGAUGAACCCAAUGAAGAUAAAAAAAAAUGUCAUUACGAUUAGGGGCAGAGUCCUAUGUUACAAUUACUUGGAAGGUUUUUUUUUAGUGUGGUUUACAGGGCAAUGAAUGGACUGUGCGGCGAGGUACACUUAGCUUCGGCAACACUGCUAUUUGAUUCUGUCCGAAGUGGCCGCCGUACAAAGGACUUUCAAAAAAAAAAAAAUCAUUGAAAAACUGUAAGUUAAAUAUAGUGUACAAUUUACUAAUUCCGCGUCUUUCUUUUACAAUUAAACCAGAGUUCAAGCAUCUAAGGUUACUGGCACUUUGCCUCUACAAAGUAACAUUAGGGCCAUUUAUACGAUGAAAAAUAAGACGCGUCUUAAAUAAGACGCGAACUGUACCAUUUAUACGAGCAUGUCUUAUCUAAUAAGACGGGUCUUAGCUAAGCCGCGUCUUAUUUUAGACGAAAUGUGCCGUUUAUACGGAAAGUUCGCGUCUUAUUUUUUCUCGUAUAAAUGGCCCUAUUGUCAACACAGGCCAGUCUAAGCUAACAGGGAAUUUUCUCGGCCAAUGCCAAAAAGAGGAUGAAACAUAUUUUGUUGCUUCACCCUGCAACAGAGUAAUUAAAUGUGGCCUUCUUACUUUUAUUUGUUUGAGGGAACUUGUCAAAUAUCGUAGCUUGUAACGGCAAACAAUAAAUGAUUAAAGAGGGAUCAAAAUAUUGAUAAGGUAUUGUACUGUAAAACAACAGACUCUCUAAAGGAAUAACUUUAUUGUCUUUUGUGAAACAGCUACACAGACAACACACACACGCACAAGAUGAAACUUUUGCCAUAUCUUUUAAUGUGUUUAUAGUUCGUCCAUUCACCAUCUUUUCGUGAUCCAUUUUUCUUCCUUUAGUUCCUCAGUAGCCGAGUGAUUGGAUUUCUUUUUUUUCUUGUAUAGACCGGAAACGGCGCUUUUAUAAUCGUAUUGUACACAAACGCCUGGUAUUGAAAAUUAAGCUCCUAAGAGAGUGUUUGGGAAAACAUAAACUUUCAAAAACGUUCAACAUGGAAUCGAGUUGGUUCUUCGGCUUCUUUGGAUAUUAAGAUAGGAAGUUUAACAAGUCGCAUACUGGAAAGAAAAUGUGAGAGAAAUCUGCUGAACUGAUUACACCUGCACGAGAUUGCGUAACAUAAUCCAAGUCAAGAAGCCCGCAGACAAGGGUUUAAGGGCAGCUGGUUUUGUAGAUUAGUUGCAAUGUUUGCCAAUCCUUUUCUUGUCCUCAAUUCUACUGCGGUUGUUGACUUUUUUGCAAGUAAGCAAGUCAGCUUUUUUCUUCGUCCUGGUUAGCAGAACACUGCGGAGACGAAUCUUAAGUUUAAACGGCCAGAAGUGAUCAAUUAUUAAUAACCGGCACACACUCACUUAUGCUGUAAGAAGGUUAGGAACUAGAGAAAUCGUCUCCAAUAUUGAAUUUCAAGUCCAUUUUCUCAGCCAUUCUUCACAUUCUUUUGUUGCCUUUAAUGUAACAGUGCAUUUGGAUGUUGUUCAAUAGAUUCCUUCAUUUGUCUGUACAUGUGACUUAUAUGUGAGUUAGCCAGGGUUCUCCAGUCUUCAGAAGGACUUCUUCUUUCGAUGUGCCAUUCCUUGACUAACGUCCAUUGCUCUGGCAAGGGAUGACUUGUCUGUAAGAGCGAACUGACAUUUACAUUCGGUUGAGAUGGUGUGCUUUUUCCUGACAUGACGAUUUGCGCCUUCUUUCUGCCUUCACAAGUAAACUACGUCGGUUGUCAUGACGACAGAGAGAGAAGCAGGUUUUUGGUUACCGUGAUCUAAGGCCGCCUAUGAUUGGCUUAUCGGCUUCAUCGGCUGGAAACGGCAAACAACGCGUGACUCGGUGAAACAUAACAUUUGCCUUUCACUGGCUGCGAAGCUCAGUUAAUCGUGGCUAAAACCACACGAUAUUCGUCUCAAUCCGCUAAUUCUUUGAUCUUGAAUAAUGGUCAUUUGGCGACAUGGGGUGAAAGUAUUUAUUUUAUCGUGUGAAAACUAGUGUAGCGACAGGAGAGACUGCAGACGCGAUCUUGGUUCGAGGUGAGUUUUCCGCGCACUUUUUUUAAUAGCUUGUUUUGAAAUUUUGGUACUAUUAAUAACCUGUUCGACUGAAAUUACUGUAUUCAAUGUAAGGAAAGCUUAUUAGUUUGGAUCUCGACUGCAAAGACUUUAAGCCUGUCGCUGGAGUUCGCGUAAUACCUUGGCGACUCUGCUAGCAGGGUAGAGUUCGCGUGUUCCGGUUUGUCAAUUCAAAAAAGGCUUAAUUGAACUGCGAAUUGCUCCUUCUUAAAACGUUCAAUUAUUUUUAUUAGUAAGCGUUAUCCAUGACCAUUUAAUAAUAACCAAAUGCUAUAUACAAUAAUUAUGAUUCACCGAGACCAGUUCACAAACAGACCUUUUCAUCUGUACCUUACGUAAAUGGAAUCUCAAGCACGUUAAGACAUAACCAUCUAAUAUGUCGCAAUAGUGACUGUACGUACUGUCUGACACAGUAAAUUUUAGAGGAGUUUAAAACGGUGAACAUUACUAUAACAUCCUGUGUACUGAAGGUUUUUUUUAAUCUGCAAAUUAAAGUUGAGUGACAUGUCUUUUAUUAAAAAUUCCACUUCAAUUUAAAAUUGAAUUGUGAUGACAAAAACAAUAAACUGUAUAGAAUUCUCUGGCUUUUCAGGCAUUGUUUAAGGAGUUUUAAUAAAUCUGAGCGAGUCAAAUUUAGGUCUUAAACAAAGUUUGCAGAUGCAACCGAUGGUUCAGAAGAAGUGAUAAAUAGUAAGGAAAAAGGUUUCCAGACAGAGUCCAUUCCUCCUGAGCUUUGGCUCAUUCCAUAAAAAUGGGAUCAAUUUAUGUUUCACUUAGGGUGCUUUCCAUUUGUCAGAACUGACUGGCCAGACCAUUCCCGUCGUAAUGAGAAUUUCACUAUUGAUCAAAACUAUCCAUCCAGAUCAGUCAAAUCCUAAACAGUGUGCACGAAGCCCGGUGGGGGGCGGGGGGGAGGGUACUUAAAGAAUUUCUGGGUGGGCAUGUGCCGCUGGGACCCUGGAACCCUUAACCUAUACCAGAGCUAGUUCAGCUGAAUUUUGCUACCCUAUACUAAAGUAAACUCCCCAAAUCCCCCCUAUCCUAGAGUAGCUGUCUCCCUAGUCUAGAUAAAAUCUGCAACCAACUUAUCAGUUUCCUAAAAAAUGAUACCCUAUUCUAGACCCAAACGCUCUGAUUUAUAUACCCUAUCCUAGAGUAAACUGCUUGAAAACCAUACUCUUCACAGCGGCACAUACCUAUGUAGCCCAAAUAUGGCAGUACCCCCCCCCGGGGCACGGAGGAGAUAGUUUUUCAGAAAAAGCCGAUUUCAUAGCUAAAAUGACUUUUCGGCAAUGGUCCAGCCAGCCAGUUCUGACAAAUGGAAAGUGCCCUUAGUUUAUGUCAAUCUCUUUGUCAUUAUUUUUCUGAUAAUUGUUGUGUUUUCUUUCUAGACCACCCCAAUUCUAGACCACGGCAAUGGAACCCUUUGAUAAUGACAGUGACAUGAGUGACAAGCAUGUUGUAUUGUGCUACCUAAUUUGGAGAAGGCUUUAAUAAUAGAUCAUAACAUCUACAUGCCUUGAAGAAUUUUUCAUCACUGCUAUUUUCUUUAUUUGAAUCAGGCAGUGUUUAGGGAAGGAACUUUUACUGCAUCAGCUGUAGUCAUUUUUUUGUAUUUUUGUCAAGGCACUUGGAAUAUAAUGGCUCAUGAUCAUCACUUAUUGUGGACGACAAGGGGACAGAAAACCACUUCAAAACAACAUUUAGAUCCUCAGUCACUUUAUGAUUUCUUCAGCAAUGCAAACGCAGCAAGAGCUCGGCAUGGAAGGCCCAUUCAGCGCAUUAAAAGUGCAGCUCCCAGGAUUGGUGGAAGGGAACGUGAUAGUAUUGUUGGAAGUCAUUUGGGAAGCUUUGCAAGUCUAAGGGAUCCAUCACCGACACCAGCAACAUCACGGCCAUUAUCAUCAAGAAGUGGCAUAAGUUCAUAUAGCUCACGAUCAGUACGCAAAGCUAAACCAACUCAAAGCAUGUCACCUUCUGCUUUGUAUCUUGGACUUCAUAAAGCAAGAUGCAAAUCUGCUCCACCAAGGCCAGCUGAUUAUUACCUGCCCCAGAGACCUAAAACUGCAAAAUCUCAUGGAGGAUCUGCAUCUGCAUCUUCUAGGGUUGCUGCAAAACGUGCUUGGCAAAAUAGGACGAGUUCUGCAAAAAGCCAGCACUCUCUUUUACCAAGAGAAGAAGUACUGGUGGAACGGCAGCGGGAGCGUUGCAAAUCAGCUCCACUUCCUUAUGAUUUUAGCUCUAUUGAUGUUGUGACAUCUGUGCCUGAAGAUGGGUCUGAUAUUCAGCGACUGAAAGCUUUUACACGGCCUUUGACGUGUAUGCCAGAUGUAGUUCAGAAUGUUCUUUCACACAACGGAUUAAGACACUGCUGCUCUGCGUAUCAACCUAGACCUAAAACAGCUUCUACUUCGGUAGGUCUCAAACUGCCUAAACCAGUGGCAAUGAUGCUCUGUCUACAGCAGGGUUCAUUCCUUAAAAUUACAGAAAAAAUGUCAUUGUUAGUCUGGAGUUACAGUGUGAAUCCUAAAUUUUUGAAAGUGUUUGCCAAUUAAUCCCUCCUCCCUCCUCCUUAUACUAAGUGAACAUAUCGUUAAUUUAUUUUUUUACUUGGGUAGAAAAUGUAUCAAUAUGUAUAGGCCCAAGGGAUGACUUUUACGAUCUCUGUCCAUGCUAAGGGAAAUUUACACUAAUUAUAACUAUUUUAAUUAUUGUGUUAAAUUUAAUUUUUCAAUAAUUGUGUGGCUUUUAUGAUCCUGUCAUAUGCAUCGGUUUGUUGAACAACAGCAUUAACAACUAGUCUUUUAGAAUAAUCUGUUGAUUUUGGUAAUAGAAUGCAGCAAUCUCAUUAUUCACACUAAUUUGGAUUUAAACACUUGUAUAUGUUAGUUGCAUAUAUGUAUUACUCGAGUAUGAACCAAUGAGGGUAAAAUGUAAUCAACAGGGCUUUAAAAAGCCUGAGUUCUGCCUUGUUCUUUGUCAUCAAGUAGGCUUAACAGUUUAAUGUUUUAACACUGGUAGAUCAUGCAACCUUUUUGUUGACAUAUGAUUUACUCAUUAAUAAUAUUAAAGGAUGACUUGUGUCAGUGAGAUUGAAAAGUUACUGGCUAAGCAGGGAAAUUAACCUCCUUGCCCCAGAUGAAGCGACAGGACUUUUUUCAAGUCCUCAGUGUCAGUUGUUAAGGACAUAAAGAGUUUUUGCUGGGUUCAAAUAGGUAUUUUAUGCUCACUUGCCUGACUGGCCUGGACUAAGACAAGAAGUCUUCUAACUAAAUCAUAGAAAAGUAAAAUAAAACAUGCAACUACCCCACAAAAGUAAAAUUUGAGAGCUGCCUGACCAGUGUACAUUAAGCUGGACCAGGUGUAUUGGUUGUUAGUCAGGUGACUCUCUGGGUAUGGAUAUUUGGUUGGUAGCAGCUCAACAAAGUUACUGCUGUACCUGAGGUGUAAUUGUUAAAUUGUAAGUAAAUUGUGUAAUUGAAAGUUCUUGCUUCAAAGGAAGAUGGUGAAAGGCGACUAUAUUAUUUAUGCAUGAAAGAGAUAUUUAAUGCAAGGAAAAAAUAUUCGACAUAUCUUUUUAGGGUAUUAAUAAUGGUUUGGAAUUUGAUUAGAAACCUGCAUAAUUUUCAUGGCUGUGGCUUAUAAUUUACUACACAGUCUGAAAUACCUGCACUGGAUGACCCUUUAAAAUACAUUGUAUGUUUGAUUUUGAUUUGCUAUGAGUUUUUAACUAUGCUCUUUUCUUUCCCCUGAAUUGACAGAGACAGCAGUUUUGGCCUGUGACAAGACCAGCAGUGGUAAGCUAAAAUACUGCCACUGUUUUCUCAGUUAAAUUCCCAAAGAAACGUCCAACAAGAUAGUAAAGUACAGACAUUCUGGUUGGAUAAAAUAUUAUUGUGUCAUCAGGAUUUGCUAAAUUUAUUUUUAUAGUUAUCAAAAAAGACAAUAAUUUAUUAUAUUGGUCUUCAAACCCUUUCAGAGGAAAGGAAUACCAGUAAAUUCAAAAAUUAAAAAAAAUAAAAUCAGAAGCUUUUAUUAGAAAGAGCUACAUACCUUGGAUGUAUUUUUUUUUUCACGAAAAAUUCUUAUUUUUUCUUUGAGAUACUCUCCUUUUAUUUGCGGCCAUCUUUAACAUUCUAUCACAACAGCUAACAUCAAUGGUCUCCUUUGUACCCCUGUACAUAACUCAAAUGAUUUAUUUUGUUCAUUCUACAGUUCCACAGAGGAGAUGUUCCAAAGUAUCUUCAUUUUGUGAAGCCAGCAGGUCUUUGGGUAAAAGGAGAAGAAAUUCGUUGUAGUACAUCUCCAGUUGAUAAUCUUGCCAGAACACAUGACCCCUUUGAUGUUUCUGCAGGAGCAGAUUUGCUGUUUAAUGGAGAUGAUAACCUUGAAGGAACAGUUUUGUAUGAAGAGCAGUUUUUAAUUCCUGGCACUCCUUCUGAAGCAUCUGUUUCAGAGAGAGAAUGUUUUGAAAAUCAAGAAGAAAUGCCAGAUUCAAAAGGUGCUGACUAAAGAUACUCUAGAGGGAUAAUUUUAUUUGAUUGAAUGUACAUAGAUAAUGUACUACAGGGGCGGUUCCAGAAAACUUAGAAAGGGGCGACCAUGACACUUGCCAGCUAUAUAGAUACUAUUAAUUUAUUUUACUGGGAAUUCUUUAAAAAUAAUACAAAAUUUCACAGGAAAGGGGUGGCCGCGAUCCACUCGGCCUAACACUAAAUCCACCCAUGCGCUACCUUCCCUUAGUUUCAUGCUCUAACUGACCUGGCCAGACUCUGGAAAAAUUAGAGUCAUAGCCACCCGCCUAAAAUCCAGGGUAACCCUAGCCAUGGACAGGGUUGCCAAGGGAUAAAAACAUAUGGGGAAACCAGGAUCAGAAGGUCUUCCCUGGCCUGGCCAGUCAGGGCCAAAUUAAGGCCUUCCUGGAAGCUGGGGUGAGAUUGGCUAGCUGUGGAUAUACUCUUGCAUCAGGAAUAUAUCCUGAAGGCCUAUGUCGGCAAAGCAUGAUUGGGCCUGGAUUUCAAGAUUUUUGGCAAGGCUCAAAUGAAAAAAAAAAUUAAUAUGGCCUUAUGAAGCCAGGAUUACAUGAAAUAAUCUAUGGGAUCACUAGAUGUAGCACCCCUUUAUCUUCUCCCAGGCAAGGACUUAACUUGGUCUGAGUUGUUUUUUAAGCUUGGUAGAGUUGUCAUUUGUUAACAACAAGGAGACACUGGUACAAACAUUUUAAACAAUGCAGAAACAAAAUAAUGAAAACUUAACAGUCAGUUACGUAAAUGAAUAUGUUACAGGUCAAAAUUAAAUUUAGUUUAAAAUUUUUUAAUCUACUCAUUUUCCUUUGUCUCCUAGCCCUAAUUCAUGAAUAAUUAGGGAUAAGAGACAAAGGAAAUUGAGAAUCAACCUUGGUAAAAAAAAUUUACCCUGAAUCCAGUUUUGACCUGUGACAAAUACAUGGUAUCUAGGAAGAAAUGAAACAAUUAUUGGGUUUAUGUUUGGUUUGUGGAGGAAGCAGGUGUUAUAAGAAUAACAUUAAUUUAUUUUGCAUGUACAGCUGUAGGUGGUCUUGUUAGGGGAAAGGGGGUAGAGGUGGGGCUUAUAAUUAAUGGCAAUUCAUGGUAUGCCUUUUCAAGGCACAUUCCUUGUCUUGUGUCUGGAUUUUUGCUAAUUAGCCUUAAAACAAUCCAGCCAUAUUUGUUAGUUUACUGUUAAAAGGAAGAGAUUCCUAGCUGAAAAAAAUCAUUGAAUUAAAAUUACACGGUAGACAAAAAUAUUAAAAUUAUUUAUAAGUUUGUUUCUGAUUACUUGCAGAUAUAGAUGGCGAGGAACCAAGUGAAGCUGGGGAACCUGAAACGAUGAGUCCAACAAUAAAUCUUGUUCAUGAGUACUUAAUAGGAGAUGAGGAAGCUGGGAUAAUUGGUGACCCUGUGACAUCUGAUACCACACCAGAACUAAAGACAGGAGAAUCUCAAUCUGAUGAGAAAACUGAUCCUAUUGAUCAGGUAUUUGAUGAGUGGUUAACACUUUGGAAAGAUGUAUUAUAAUCAUUGUCUCAAGUUCAUCUUUCAUUCACCACUUAAAAUUUACCAUCUUUCUUUGUUAAUUACAUACAUGCAGGAUACAUACAUUGUAGAGAAAGAGUUCCUGUAUGAACUCAGUGUAUGGCCUUGCUUUUCAUGUGUCUCUCUGCUGCUCAGCACAGGAAAAAAUAACGGAUUCCCAUUUUUGGAUAUUUUUGGGUAUUUAAAGAAUACCCACAAAAAUCCCAAAUUUGGAAGAGUGAGACAAGUGGGUUAGACCCUUGAACCAACCCUCAAGGGACCAACCGACUUGUCUCACUUUGCCAAAUUUGGGAUUUUUAUGGGUAUUCUUUAAAUACCCAAAAAUAUCCAAAAAUGGGAAUCCGUUAUUUUUUCCUGUGCAGUUAGUCUACUGUCCCCUUAGUGUUUGUGUUAGGGUGGUGAUUGGGUAUGAAAGAUUUGAGCUUCUAUUCUUUCUUUUGUUCUUACUAAUCGUGUGAAUGUGCAUUGUACAAUUUUAUCUUUAAUAACUUAAUUUGCAAUUGGGUUUGCAAUCUGACCCAGAUGGUGUUUUCUUUGUUAGGGAUUUGAAGUCAUCAUUACCAAAGUGGAACAUUCACCGGUUCAAACUCCAUCCCCUGAUGUCACAGAACAAGAAGCUGAAACAGACAUGCCAAACAAUGAACUUGAUGGUGAUUUACAAAUAGUUGUUCCUGACAUUCCGCAGUGGGCGACUAAGGAAGAGGUAGCAUCAGUGGAAGAAGAACAAAAUAAAAAUGUCCCAGAAGAACAAGAGAUUAUACCACAGCCUACCCAGGACCCUGGGGAGCCUGUGGAGCCAGUGGAACCUGUUAAUGAGGUGGAAGAUGGACCUCCUAAAAAGGAUGUUGAGGAUAAGGAAUGUGAAGUAGAAGAGACAAAACCACAAAUGAAUCAAGUUAAGUUUGCUGAUUCUCUUAUUCUCACAAGCUAUAAACCACCACCGCCUAAAAAAGAAAAGAAAGAGCAGCCCAAGAAACCUGUUUCAAUUUUAAAGCCUGCUGCAAGUAAAGUGGAGUCUCCAUCAAAUGAACCUGAGGCACCCAAAGUCCCAGUACUUUCCCCACUGAAGAAAGACUCGCCUGUUCAGCGCAAGGUGCCAGAUAAACCACUCAGGCUGGUAAAACCACUACCUGUUAAACCAGAAGGAGUGCUUAAAGAAAAGACUGUAUCAAUAGAAGAAGAGAAAGCUCCCGUGGAAGAAACAAAAGUUGUGGAAGAAAGGACUGAAGAACCACCCAAAUUGGAACCUGAAGUGUAAGCUCUCCUUCAUUUAUAUUGAUUUAAUAACUUAAAAUGUUAAUAUUUAUACUGUAAAAAAACUUGCCACAGGCCAAAUUUCAUUUUCAUUUUUCCAUGGCCCACUUGCAUCAUUUCAUUUCAAACCACAAAUAUCAAAUGUAUUUGUUCGUCUACAUUGUCAUCUUAAGGAAACCUCACUUUUGCUUCAGAUUCAAAUAAAAAUGCUUGACACUACGCUAGGAUCACAAAUUUAACAGAAAAAAAAAAUCAGUCCAAGUCUUCUUACAUUACUGACCUCAUAAGGGCUUAAGAGGCUUAAGUUUCUAGGAUAUUUUGUGACUGAUAAAUUAAUAGGAAUGAAGGUGCAAUUUAUCAUGCAUAAGCUAUCAUAUGAUUACCAAACAAAAGACCCCCCAUUAGUUAGUUUCUGUGAGUUUGUUCUUCAACUUACUCUUUUGCCUAACAAACUCAAGAGAGUUUUGGUGGUUAAAUAAGUGGCACAAUGAGUUUUUUAGCUCUUAAGCUUAAAAUGAAUUCAGUGUGAGUAAUUUGGUUCUCAUGGCUUUUAGAGGAAAUUGCUUUUUUGAGUCAUUGUCUUACUUAAACUUUGUGUUUAUUUUUGUUUUUAUAGUUUACCCAAGCCAGAGUAUAUUAGAGCUCCUGGUGCAUACAGGAUGUAUGAUCCAAAGGUACAGAUUACACAC